GGCCACCGGAAAGAAGUUGUGAUAAAAAUAACAAAUGUAUUUCCUCCCACUGCCUAUCAAGCAAAUUCAUCGAUGAAUAUUGUUUAAAAUCACUUGCAAUAUGCACCAGUGUGACACAAGGCAAGGAACACACAUCAACUGUUAUCUUACAAAGGUUGUGCAAUUUUCGAUAACUGCGGUCUAUUCUGCAGAUUCAGUUCCUGGUGCCCAACUAUGGAACAUUAUGAUUAUGGAUAUUAUGACUAUAAUGAAAGCAGCACAUCUGUUAAUGAUGCAGAGACAUUUUGUGAUAAUUCCAAAGUUACAGAUUUUAAGGGAGUUUAUAUGCCCAGUUUAUAUGCAAUCAUAUUUGUGGCAGGGCUUCUGGGCAAUUCUUUGGUCAUUGUGAUAAAGGUCCUUUAUGAGAAACUGAAGACCAUAACAGAUCUCUACAUGAUGAAUCUAGCAAUUGCUGAUUUGAUCCUACUUUGCACCCUGCCACUCUGGGCAGUUGAUGCACAGAUUGGAUGGACUUUCGGAACUUUUAUGUGCAAAGUUGUAAAUGGCGUGUACACCGUCAACUUCUAUAGUUGUGUAUUUAUACUUACCUGUGUGACCAUUAAUAGGUAUCAUGCCAUUGUUCAAGCAACAAAAAUGCUUCAAUAUAAAAUAAUACAUGGUAUGUUUAUUUGUGGAGGAGUUUGGGUGCUUGCUAUCAUCCUGUCUCUUCCAGAAUUUAUAUUAAGUGAUACAAAUGUUGAUGACCCUGGUAAAAUUACAUGCCGUAUGAACUAUCCACCUAAUUCAAAGAUCUUCAAGGUAGGGGUCUGUGUAACGCAGAUGGUGGUGGGAUUUCUGAUACCCUUUGUGACAAUGAUCAUUUGCUACACGAUCAUUGCAAAAAAACUGCUCCAAGCUAAGGGGUUUCAGAAGCAUAAAUCAUUAAAGAUUAUAGUUGCAGUUGUUACUGUAUUUAUGAUUUGUGAACUCCCAUUCAAUAUUGCACUUUUGCUGCAAACUCUACAGAUUGUCAGUGAAGAAAGCAGGAGUUGUGAAUACUAUGCAAAUAUAAACUACGCAAUUAUUGUAACAGAGAGCAUUGCCUAUAUACACUGCUGCCUUAAUCCUAUUCUGUAUGUAUUUAUUGGAGUGAAGUUUAGAAACAACUUUUGGAAGAUUUUAAAAGAUGUUGGAUGUAUCAGUCAAAAACAAUUACAUGUGUAUCUGAAAAUUGAGUGUGAAACAUCACAACAAAGAUCAUGUGUAAGUGAAACAACUGUGUCUCCUUUGUAAAGGAUUCUGGAAAUAUCAGAAUGUGUAAUUGAAAGAUAUGGGAAAUAGUUCCAGAAUUCCUUAAGGAUUUUCCUAGUCUCCUGUUCUAACUUCGAAAAGAAAAAAUGUAAAUUUCUAAUUCUGAUCUUUUCCUCUUCUAUUUAGUAUAGAUUAUAAUCCCUUUGUUUCACACAGUAUGAAAAAUUGCUUACUGAUGUAAGCCAACAGUAAGAAGCAGAGAAAAUGAUGAAAUUGAAAUGCAGAUUUGAUAUUCUGAAUCCACUGGAAUGUAAAAAAGUAAAAAAAACUGCUUUUCUGCAAGUUGACCACAUUCUCAGAAUGCUUUAUGAACUUAAUUUUAAAUUGAACUCUUAAGAAUUCCUGAAGACGUACUGUUUUUCUCGAACUGUUUCCCUACAAAUAAGACAGAUGGCAUGACUGGCUAGUUUGGGAAGAUUACUAACUUAGGAAGAAGCAACCAUAAUCAGCAAAUCGCUCAAUACAAACAAGAACCAGUCUUCCAAGAACUAUUUCAAAAUGUAAACUACUGAACAGUAAUCAGUUUUGAAAUUAAAAGGAGAGCUGUGUAAACAAACAGACACAAUUACCUACAGAAAGGUCAGGCUACCAGCUCACAGCGGGAAGCCAUCAAAGAGAUACGGUUUGGAAACUGACAUGACCAUUCAACAUUCUCAUCUGCCUUGGAUAAUGUACAGACAAUAGAACAAUGUUAAUUGACUUACAUCAAACGAGACAUCACAUAUCUUCAGCCAAGAUUUUGUGCAUCAUUGUGACACAGUCAAGGAAAGUUACUGACCGGUUAUGAUACUUCUGCACAUUAAACAUGGACAGAGGAAUAUUUGUUUCGUCAAUCAAUAAUUGUGUAUUUUUGGACACAGAGAGCCAUCCCUCAAAACUGUGAUAAUAGUAUGCUUUGAGUGUCUGGGGUUUUGAGCUCAGAAGCUUUUAGACCAUCCAGGUAAAUUCUUUUGUCCUAACAAAGAUGCUUGAAUAUUCCGAGGUGUCUUGUCAGUUGAGAUGUACUCCUAUUGUAAAUAUGUAAUUCUACUGACCACUUAACUAGACCUGAAAUAUUGAAGUAAACUGUGGAAUUAUAACUUUAGAAAUUGUAUUGAAUUGUCUGCUGUUAUCUUUGUUCUUAAAGAGUGCAAAAAGUCAAUGUACUUUGAGUUCAGAGAGAUUAUAUUGAGAGAUUCUUCCAGAAGAUCCUUUCAUCAGGUCUCCUCCUGAAAGUCAGUUUGUAUAAACUAAAGACCUUCUACACGUACAGCUCCAGACUCUGAGUGGCUCAUUCAAAGUCAUAACAUUCCACAUGAACAAAGGAAGGUCAGAGCAACUUUAGACAAAUAUCAGACUUUGUAAGGAUAUUAGGAUAUAGCAUUUCUGGUACUUUGUGUGCCAAAUAAAACGUUCACCAGGAUAGGUCAAAUGACGAUUUAGCAGCUCAACAGAAGUGAAUGCUAUCAUGCUAAAACAAAUGGAAUGUGUUGCCAUGCGUAGUAUACAGUAUAUUUAGCUGAUAUUUAGUGCAGGGAUAUUUAGCUUACUUGUAUAGGAGUAUGACUGGCAAGGGAACCACAGAUAGGUCUGAUUCCCUGUACACAUUGCUGA